AUGAAAAAAAUUCGGCCGGUAAAAACAUUAAAACCAUCACCGCCAGAGAUUCCUCUCAGGGAAUAUUCAUUAAUUAAAUUAGUUGAUAUUAAAGCACAAGAACUCAAAUAUGCACAACGGUUGCUUGAAUUGAGAGUUUGUCUCGGCUUCAUUGAUGAUGCCUUCAAGGAGAAAGAGUUAAUCGAUGAUUUACAAUCGCUUGUGGAUGAAUGGCAUGAAUAUAUCGAUAGCGUUCCAUAUCCGAAACCCUAUAAAUUAGCGGAUAUUGUAGAAUUCUAUACUAAGGCGAAAUAUUUAGAAGUUUGCAAUAUUCAAGAUGAUAUUUGUCACUCUUUAUUACCCGAUAAACGGUAUUUGCUUAGUCAGGAUUUCGUGACGAGGGAAGCAAUACAUCGAGCGAUGAAUAAGAGACCGCCUUUCAAACAAGAAUUAUCCAAAUUUAUUGGAGAUUCAUUAGAAAUUAUGCGGCGAAUUGAACUGUAUUUGGCGAACGAUCGUGAAACAGCUAAGGCAUCAAAGAAAUUAAUAUACGAAAUACGAGAUAUGAAAAAGACUAUUGCCAAUGAAAUAAUGGAUUAUAUUGAUCGUCAGACUUAUCGAAUAUUAAAUGCUCCAGAAAUUCUUAUGAAGUCAGUGGAUGCGAUAAGUUGUGAAUAUUCUCUAUCAUGUGAUAAUUGUGAUAUUCAUAUAUGGGGUCUUAAAAAUGUUCCCAUAAGUUUUGAAUUUCUAGAGGAACCACGAAUAUUGGUUGAUUUAUAUGAAAUAAAACUGCUAUUGCAUAUACCAUUUGGAAUAUUGGAACGUAAUAUGACCCUACAAGCAAUUCAUACAAAUUUCGAUCAUUUAAGUGAAAAUGCGAAGAGUUUUAAAUUUAUCACCGAAAUGGGAAAUCUAAAUUUCGGCAUACAAGAUUUACGCGAGUGUUUGCUAAAUGAAUUUAGAAUGCAAACGCAUAUGCAAAAAAAUAUAAGGGAGACAAUGCAAGAUAGAUAUCAGGCAUAUUUGGAAAAAAUUCAAUUAAAACGAUUGCGCAAAGGUCAACUUAUACCACAAACUAUUGAGUCUGAUGAAUAUCCAGAUAUCACGGACGAUUUCUUUGACGAGGAACACAAACAAUUCCAACAAUAUUUAGAUAUCGUAUAUCAUCCUGAAACAUUAAACUUGAGUAUCGAUGAGAUAAAUUUGAAAAAAUUUACUAUAUUAGGUGGUAUAUAUAAAUUGAAUUUUGUAAAGAAACCAAUGCAAACGCAUAUUGAUAAGGGCAAUAUCAAUAUGAUUUGGCAUAAUCCAGGUAAACAAUUGCUUAUCGAAAAAGAUGAUUAUUUUUCUACUUUUAAAUCACGUCAAUAUCAUCGCGAUCAUUCAAUUCGUUUGUCGAGUAUUGAUCCGAAAAAAGAAAUGCUAAAGGAAGAAAUCGAGGCAGAAAAUCCUUUUUUUGUAAUGGUAUUUCAUUUGCCUGAAUAUCUUUGUUAUUGGGAUGAGCCAAUCGCUUGUCAUUACGAAAAAUUUGAAGAGGAAGAAAUAAUUCGAGAGGAAAAAUCAUGGCAUGCUCAUUAUAAAAGCAUGGAUAGCUUUAAGAGAAGCCUAACAGAAUCCUUAGGCAGAGAUACACUCGAAUUUGGAGAUAUUGGAAGCGUUUUAAACAAAGCAUCAAAAAUAUCCUUUCAGCCAUCUCAGAUGAAAACCUAUUUUUCGUCGCGGAUCAUCGAAAAAGCAAUGCUAACCGAUGAGGAUAUAUUUGUUCACUCAGAUAUUUAUUUUGUAAAAGAUUUUCUCCUAAAUCAACCGAUGAAUGUUCAACAAGCGCGAUUGCUAGCAAGUUCCUGUACGCCACAUAUAUUGGAAUCUUUUAAAUUUCAAAGGGAAAUAGCCGAAGAAAAACAAGAGAAGCUUAUGCGUCACAAGCAUAAAUUUGGCAUGCUUCGUAAACAGAUGGAAGAAGAACGGUACAAACUAAAACCGAUUGGUUUACUUCCAUACGAUUUGAAACAAAAUAAUCCAGAAUAUUUAUUCACCAACUAUGGAAAAUCGAAAACCGUACUUGUAACCAAUACGUUAUUGCCAUUUAACGAUACUUUAUCCAAACCGCCCAUAACGUUCUAUCAACUGAUCAAAACGUUGUUGCGUAUUAAAAAAUUAACUAAAGAAGCAGAGAGUCAAAGAGUGCCACGUUUCUUUGUACCGAUCUCAUCGCCAUCAUUUCGCGAAGACGAGUCCAAAGUUGGUAUAAGCAAAUCAAUAAAGAGAGAUGCGCGAUCUUUUUUGAUGAAGCAUCCUAGUAUGGCAUUACAGCAGCAAAAAACUUUUCAAGAUGUAAAAAAAAGCAAAAUAAAGUUACUCGCUGAGAACGAAAAAAAGGUGAAAAGUGAUGAGCAACAAAUAACACGGAGUAUAAAAUCGGGGCAUACCGUCGAAGGGAGUGGAAAAAAAGCCUCGUUUGCAAAAAUGGAAUAUUCCGAGAUACUGCCACCGAUAAGAGCAAUGCAGCAACAAAGAAUAGAGUCAGACGGUGAAGACAGCACAGCAAGUUUAAAAUCAAGCAUUUUUACCGAUGAUGACGAAUCAUUCGAGAGUAUGGAGAGAAGAGGUGAAUUGAAAACUAAAACAAUUUCACAUUGGACCACAAAGUAUAUUAAAAGAUGUAAAUUCAAUAAAGAGGAAAAUAAGUACACCAUCGAAACGGAUAGAUUGGGUUAUAUCGGAUUUGCGUGUAAAACUUACGUACACUUUCCAUUUACAUGUUGGGAAUUAGAACCUAAUAGUACGGAUCCCUUGAGUGAAGUAAUCUUUACGCUGGUAACGCAGCAUGUUAAAUGUGUAUUCCAUAUCACUAAUCAAGGCAUACUAGGUCGCGUUGUCGAGCCCGGUCCGUUCACAAGAAAACUUAAAAAGUACUUGAUAAUGGAGAAGCCGCUUAAAAAUAUUUCUGAAUUGAAAAAAAUUUUCAAAGAGAAAAACAUUAAUAUAUUCCCCGAGAAUGAUGCCAGCUUUUAUAUUGAACAAGGCUGUUAUUCUCAAAAGCAUUUAGCUACGGAAAUGCAUACUUACUGUUGCAUGGCAUUGCACAGUUGUCUAAUGAAAUUCUCAUCUAGCAUAUGGAAUAGAUGGGCUAAACGACGAGAUAUCAUUUUGCAUUUUGUUAAAUACCAAGAGAAUCCGUCAGCAACGUUACAAGUUCAUAUUACACCCGAAGAGACACGAUUUGUUGAGGUUACCGAAAUUUGUGCGCAGAGCGAUGAAGUUAAAUUGGCGUUUACGCCUACGUGGCGUAACAUUAACUUUUACUGUGACUUGCAUAAUGCGAUUAUGUCGGUCGAAAGUUACGCGCUGGAGCGACGUUGCCGAGACAAACAAAUGAUUUGUUAUCUGAAAAUGCUUUUAAGCGAAAUAAGACCUCUUAGCUUUUCAUGA